GAGUCUGGGGGUCGCGGUAGCGGUAGCCAGGCGUGCGGAGGUCAAGGCCCGGCCGAGGGGGCGGGAGGGCCAGGAAGCAGCCCAGCCCGGGGUGUACGCGACAUACGCUCGCUUCCCAGCCCGACUGUGGCCACCUGGUCUGGCGCCCUUUCUGGACACUCGGGCCUGGCUCCCGCGGCCAAAACCGACUCCAAAGUGUUGAGAGGGUUCCUCUUCCCGGGACGCAGCCUCCCCGGGCAUUGGCAGACGAUGCCCCGGUCAGACAGAGCCACUGACCACCCCGCCCACCCCCCGAGGCCGGACGCACGGAUGCACACCCCGUCGUGGGAGGGACAGGCGCCCCUUCCCCUCCGCACCCCGCCGGGCCCCCCGCACCCCGCCGAACCCCCCUCCCCCCGCCGGCUGCAGGACGUCAGAUGCAGCCACCACUAACCCUGGGAGGGACAGACACACGGACAGUCGCCCCUUCCCCUCCGCACCCCCUUGCUGGCUUUUGGACCUCAAAUGCAGCCACCACUUGACGUUGGGAGGGACAGACACUUUCCAGCCCCGACUGGCCCUGGGGCAUGGAUAGAUAUCCCCCUGCACACAUGGCUGACCCCGGAACUCAAAGAUGCCCCUGACUCUGGCCCACCUGCCGCCUGGGCCAGCACCACGUUGCUGCCCCUACUGCACCAAACAAAGCCCAAGGGUGACAGACUUUCAGCUCCGGAGGCCUAGUGGUUUCAGCCAGACUCUCAUCUGCCCCUUUCAGCCCCGGCACCAGCGCUCGGGGCCCCACCUAGACUAAAGCUUUGAUCCGUCCCUGCAGAACAGACUUCUGGUCUGGGGAUCAUGGUUCUCCUGGUCUGAGAUGAAAGUUCUGGGGCCUCUUCCCAGGCCUGAGCAGGCAUGGCGGGCUGCUGUGACUAGAACGAGCUGGGUCUGCAGUGGGCAUUGAGGUUUGGCUCUCACAUUGCCUUUGCAGGGACUGCGGCCUCACCAUGGACCCCGAAUGCUCCCGGCUGCUCCCGGCUCUCUGUGCUGUUCUGGUAGAUCCCAGGCAGCCGGUGGCAGAUGACACCUGUUUGGAGAAGCUGCUGGACUGGUUUAAAACUGUCACUGAAGGAGGGGCACCCCUGCCUGGUGGAGCUGCUGUCCCAUGUGCUGAAAGUCCAGGACCUGAGUCCCGGGGUCCUCUCCUUCUCACUGCGCCUGGCAGGCACCUUCGCAGCCCAGGAAAACUGCUUCCAGUAUCUUCAGGUGCAGUCGACACCAUCUUCUCCCUACAGGGAGACUCCAGCCUGUUUGUGGCCUCGGCGGCCAGUCAGCUCCUGGUACAUGUCCUGGCUUUGUCCAUGCGAGGUGGAGCCGAGGGGCACCCCUGCCUGCGGGGGGAUGACUGGCCCGCGUGUGCCCAGAAGAUCACAGAUCACGUGGAGGAGUUCUUGUGCUCCACGGCCACCCCCAAGGUCACUCAGGCCCUGAACGUCCUGACCACAACCUUCGGCCGCUGCCAGAGCCCCUGGACGGAAGCCCUGUGGGUGCGGCUGAGUCCCCGCGUGGCCUGUCUGCUGGAGAGAGACCCCAUCCCCGCCGCACACUCGCUCGUGGAUCUGCUUCUCCGUGUGGCUCGUUCUCCUGUGUUCAGUUCUUCCGAUGGCGGCCUGUGGGAGACGCUGGCGCAGGCUCUGAGCUGCCUGGGCCCCACCCACGUGGGACCCCUGGCUUUGGGGAUCCUGAAGCUCGAGCACUGGUAUGGCCUGGGCCCACAGGCACUGAGGACCCAGGCCUUCCAGGUCCUCCUCCAGCCCCUGGCCUGUGUCCUGAAGGCCACAGUUCAGGCCCCCGGACCCCCAGGCUUGCUGGACGGGACGGCAGAUGACGCCACGACGGUGGACGCACUCCUGGCCUCUAAGUCGUCCUGCGCGGGCCUCCUGUGCCGCACCCUGGCUCACCUGGAGGAGCUGCAGCCGCUGCCCCAGCGCCCCUCGCCGUGGCCCCAGGCGUCCCUGCUGGAGGCUGCAGUGACUGUCCUGCGGCUCUGCGAUGGCUCGGCUGCCCCCGCCUCCAGUGUGGGGGGCCACCUCUGUGGGACCCUGGCGGGCUGCGUCCGGGUCCAGCGAGCAGCCCUCGACUUCCUGGGGACGCUGUCAGAGGGGACAGGCCCCCAGGAGUUGGUGAUGCAGGCGCUUGCUGUCCUCCUGGAGUGCCUCGAGAGCCCCGGCUCCAGCCCCACGGUUCUGAAGAAGGCCUUCCAGGCCACACUCAGGUGGCUCCUGAGCUCACCCAAGACCCCUGGCUGCUCUGAUCUUGGCCCCCUCAUCCCGCAGUUCCUCAGAGAGCUGUUCCCUGUGCUGCAGAAACGCCUGUGCCACCCCUGCUGGGAGGUGAGGGACUCCGCCCUCGAGUUCCUGACCCAGCUAAGCAGGCACUGGGGAGGACAGGCCGACUUCAGAUGCGUCCUCCUGGCUUCAGAGGUGCCUGAGCUGGCCCGGCAGCUCCUCCAGGACCCUGAGAGUUACGUCCGAGCGAGCGCAGUGACUGCCACGGGGCAGCUUUCCAGCUGGGGCCUGCACGCCCCCACCAGCCCUGAGCACGCAGAGGCCCGGCAGAGCCUGUUCCCGGAGCUCCUGCACAUCCUCUCUGUAGACUCGGAGGGCUUCCCACGGAGGGCGGUCAUGCAAGUCUUCACUGAGUGGCUACGGGACGGCCACGCCGACGCGGCCCAGGACGUGGAACAGUUUGUGGCCACUGUGCUGCGGGCGGCAAGCCGGGACCUGGACUGGGAGGUCCGCACCCAGGGCCUGGAGCUGGCACUGGUGUUCCUGGGCCAGACGUUGGGGCCGCCACGUACCCACUGCCCCUAUGCCGUGGCCCUACCCGAGGUGGCCCCAGCCCGGCCACUCACCGAGGCGCUGAGGGCUUUCUGCCACGUGGGGCUCUUCGACUUCGCCUUUUCUGCCUUGUUUGACUGCGACCGCCCCGUGGCGCAGAAGUCCUGUGACCUCCUCCUCUUCCUGAGGGACAAGAUUGCUUCCUACAGCAGCGUGCGGGAGGCCGGGGGCAGCCCCAACACCGCCUCAGUGGAGGCUGCCCUGCCGAGGUGCUGGGCAGGUGAGCACGCCCAGCCCCCAGGGGACCAGGAGCCUGAGGCUGUGCUGGCCAUGCUCAGGUCCCUAGACCUGGAGGGCCUGCGGAGCACACUGGCCGAGAGCAGCGACCACGUGCAGAAGAGCCCCCAGUCCCUCCUGCAGGACAUGCUGGCCACGGGGGGCUUCCUGCAGGGGGAUGAGGCUGACUGCUACUAAGUAGAACCAGAUUCCGCCACUGGGGUUCAGGACUGAGGAAGGCAGUGCCACGUCCUUCCGUGGGACACUGCCAUCCCCAGGGCUCCAGCCCAGCCCAGUGGAUCCUCUGGGGAAGCCAGGACCAGGAGAGAAGCAAGGUCAAGAAAUCCCACAUUUUGAUGUAUUAAAGAAAUGACUUAUUUUCUACUCAAAAUAAAUGGCAUUGAAGUCUUU